UUUGGCUACUAGUUUAUUGUGAACAAGAUAUUUUAUUUGCCUAAACUAAAUAAUUGCUUAUUUCUUUUCCCUUGUUUUUUUUUUAGGAAGAAGCUUCCUUGCUCUUUCUAGUUUGGUUUGUGUUGUUCCAGAAGGACUUAACCCAUAUUCUGACAUGGCUGGGCUCGUGGCUUAUUUUUUUUUCACUCGUGAGAUGCAUCUUAGAAGACAACGAAAGCUCUCAGAUGACCCUAGAAUUGCCAGUGGUCAUGAGGCAGAUGAGAGACACCCUGAGUCCAGAGAUGUAGUGGUGCGACGUGUUUACAGACCCAGGCUUUAUAGGGAGAGGCCAGAGCUCACAUCACUGCCUGAUGAUAUUGUAUACCAGCGCUAUAGAUUCCCAAAGGAUGUCAUCUUAAACAUCUAUGAGUUGGUAAAGCAUGACCUGGAACCAAAGACCAGGAGGGGUCAUGCUAUUCCUGGCGUGGUCAAGCUUAUGAACUGCUUGCAUUUUUUUGCAACUGGUUCGUUUCAGCACACAUCAAGCACUGUCUCUGGAGUCUCUCAAAGUGCUUUUUCAAGGUCUUUUCAACCAGUAAUGGAUGCACUUAAAAAGCACCUGCCUACUUUUAUAAAAUUCCCCUCUGGAGAAUCUGAGCUUUCCAAAAUUAAGCAACAUUUUUAUUCCAAAUUUAGAAUCCCUAAUGUGAUUGGGUGCAUAGCUUGCACCCACAUUGCUAUAUGUGCCCCUUAUGGUGACCCCGAAAUCUAUAUAAAUAGAAAUGGGUGGCAUUCCCUGAAUGUGCAGGUAGUCUGUGACCACAAUUGCGAAAUUAUUUAUGUCCUCUCAGCAUUCCCUGGUAGUACCCAUGAUGCUUAUAUUCUGAGGGAAUCUGCCUUAUAUCGGGACUUUAUGUGUGCUGAAAGCAAAUCUGGAUGUCUGUUAGGAGAUAUGGGUUUUCCCUGCUACAACUGGCUUCUGACACCAAUUGGAAACCCACAGACAGCGUCCCAGAUCAAAUACAAUGAGGCACAUGCAAAAGCCAGGGUGGUAGUUGAGAGGGCAUUUAGCAUCUUAAAGAGCAGGUUUAGGUGCUUGCACAAGACAGAGGGGGCACUGAAAUACAGCCCAAGCAAAGUUGCUGAUAUAGUAGUUGUCUGCUGUAUCCUUCACAACAUUGCCUUACAGGAAAAAAUCCCCAUAGAGGUAGAGGACAUAUCAGAGGAGGAUAUGUCAAGUUUGGAGACAGAGGAUACAGCAGAUUCUCUUGCAGCAACAGACACAAGGGAUAGAAUUGUCAGCAACUAUUUUUAAGAUAUUUUGUAAUCUAUUUAUUAUGUGUAUAUAAUAAACUUUUUUUUUUAA